CGUCAGAGGCGCGAGAGGCGGCGCCGCGCGCCGAGGUGAUCCCCGGCUUUAAAAGCGCGGCAGCGCGCGCCGGAGCAGUGCGUCACCGCGACCCAGCGCAGCCAGGAUCCCCUCGACGCAGACGCACGAAGCCCCAAACGGCGACCGAAACAGCGGCUCGCGCACGACACGUCUGCACCAGUCACGAGCCUUUCCCACGUGCUGUGAUCUUUGUUUUCGCCUUUGAACUGACGGCUUUUUUGGACUUUUGCGCCCUCUCGUCCCCGUUGUUUGCCGCGGGACACGGCGAGGACGGAUCCGGAUCCGGAGCAACAGCUGGGGAAUGCCAGAAACCGCGCUUUAUGGAUAAGGAGUCGCGCUCGUCCGUUCGCAGAGUUUGAUUCACUUUCUCCCGCGCCCUGAACAACAUGAAGUCCGCCGAAGAGGAAGCAUAUGGCUACACUCCAAACAUUAGCCUGUCCCUCCCACUGGGCAACCCCUGCCUCCCCGCCCAGUACCACAGCCUCCAGUCCAGCCCCGCCAUCUCCGUCUCCGUGCCCGAGCCUCACGGCUACGACGCCCAGGACGAGGCGCGGGCGUCCGGCUUCUACUCGUCCUCGGGCGUCCGCCCCAACGGAGCGCCGGCGCUGGAGAGCCCUCGCAUCGAGAUCACGGCCUACGGGCAGUUCCCCGAGGACGCGGUGGAGGAGAGCGGCCUCCCUGUCGCCAAGCGGGUCAACUCCAUCGUGACGCUGACCCUCCCCAGCGCCGACGGCUACCGCGACCCCAGCUGCCUGAGUCCGGCCAGCAGCGUCUCGUCCCGCAGCUGCCAGUCGGACGCCUCGUCCUACGAGUCCAACUUCUCCUACAACUACGACAACUCGCCCCAGAACUCCCCCUGGCAGUCCCCCUCCGUGUCGCCCAAGGGCUCCACCCUCGCGCUGCCCGGCGACGGCUGCGCCGCGGGGGGCUCCCCCCGCCACUCGCCCUCCACGUCCCCCCGCGCCAGCGUCACGGACGACGGCUGGGCCGGCCCGCGCGGCUCCAGGCCCGGCUCCCCCUGCGGCGCCAAGAGGAAGUACAGCUUCAACGGCAGCGGGCAGCACAAGCACUACCCCUACUCCCCGAACCCGUCCCCCGGGCCGUCCCCGCACACCUCUCCCCGACUCAGCGUCACCGAGGAGACCUGGCUGCCGAACACCAACCAGUACACCAACUCCGCCAUCCUGGCGGCCAUCAACGCCCUGACCACGGACGGCGUGGUCGACCUCGGCGAGGCCAUUCCCAUGAAGGCGCGUAAGACCAGCCUGGAGCACAGCCCCACGGUGAGCCUGAAGGUGGAGCCUGUGGGCGAGGAGCUGGCGGCCCAGCUGUGCGAGGACGAGCACCCGUCCAACCGCCUGUCGCUCAAGAAGGAGGGCUUCUGCGGCGGGUUCCUGGACGUGCCCCAGCACCCGUACUCCUGGCCCAAACCGAAGCAGUACAUGAGCCCGACGCUGCCGGCGCUGGACUGGCAGCUGCCGUCCAGCUCGGGGCCGUACAGCCUGCAGAUCGACGUGCAGCCCAAGUCCCACCACCGGGCCCACUACGAGACGGAGGGUAGCCGGGGGGCCGUGAAGGCGCUGGCAGGAGGGCACCCGGUGGUUCAGCUUCACGGCUACAUGGAGAGCGAGCCUCUGACCCUCCAGCUGUUCAUCGGCACCGCCGACGACCGGCUGCUGCGGCCCCACGCCUUCUACCAGGUCCACCGCAUCACCGGCAAGACGGUGUCCACGCCGAGCCACGAGGCGCUGCACAACAACACCAAGGUGCUGGAGAUCCCGCUGCUGCCGGAGAACAACAUGCGGGCCAUCAUCGACUGUGCCGGCAUCCUGAAGCUGCGCAAUUCAGACAUCGAGCUGCGAAAGGGGGAGACGGACAUCGGACGGAAGAACACGCGCGUGCGGAUGGUGUUCAGGGUUCACAUCAACCAGGCCACGGGAAGGAGCGUGUCCCUGCAGGUCGCAUCCAACCCCAUCGAGUGCUCCCAGAGAUCGGCCCAGGAGCUGCCGCUGGUGGACCGGCAGAGCCUGGAGGCGUGUCCGGCCCCCGGGGGCGAGAAGAUGCUGCUGGACGGGCACAACUUCCAGCACGACUCCAAGGUGGUGUUUGUGGAGAAGGCUCAAGACGGUCACCACCUUUGGGAGACUGAGGCCAAGGUCGAGAGAAGCGCUUCAAAGCCCAACUCCCUCCUGGUGGAAAUCCCUCCCUAUCGGAACCAGCGACUCUCCGCUCCCGUCCGCGUCAACUUCUACGUGUGCAACGGGAAGAGGAAGCGGAGCCAGUAUCAGCGCUUCACCUACGUCCCUGCGAGCGUUCCUACAAUAAAGACGGAGCCGCACGACGACUACGACGCGCCCCUCAUGUGCUCUGAGCACGGCGCCGCCUUGUCCCUGCACCCCAAGCCAUACUUCCCCCCGCAGGUCGUGACCCCGCCCAUGACCUCUGACCUCAGGCCGUGCGUGGCCUUCCCCGUCAGCCAGCAGAGACUGGCCUCCAGGCCGUCCUCGCUGCCCUCCUCCUCCUCCCCGAGCACCAGCCCCAAACUGCACGACCUGUCGCCGCCGCCGCCGUUCCCCAAGUGCCUCCCCGCCGCCCCCCACCACGGCGCCCCCGCCCCCCACGUCUCCAUCAUCCAGGAGACGCCCGGGCGCUACCAGCAGCCCGGCCUCUACCAGCCGGGCAGCUCGUCCUCCUCCCCGACCUCGCAGCCCCCCACCCCCACCGACGCCCCCUUCUCCCCGGCCCACUGCAUGGCGCCGGCCCAGCCGGGCGGCGCCGGCAGCCCGGGGGCCCAGCCGCAGCCCAAGGCCGCAGACAGAGGGUCCCUGCAGGAGGACGGCAGCCCCCCAGCGCUGGCCGUCAGCAUCAAACAGGAGCCGCAGGAGCUGGACCAGAUCUACCUGGACGACGUCAAUGAGAUCAUCAGGAACGACCUGUCGAGCAUCUCCGUCCACAGCAGCGCGUAGUUCCAGCAACGAACCAAAGGGAAACAAACAGAAGUGACUCUGAGCUGCGUGUGCCUGGACUGUGGUGGGCGACACUCAGCCGAACCAGAAGCCAGGAGAACAAAUGUAAUGUAUCGUCCUGACCAGGGUCCAACGUGUGCCUUGUUUUCCAUGUGUAUUGCCUUUAUAAUGAAACGAUCGGAGGAAGAAACCACAGCAGACUUUUCUAAGACGUCCAAAUUGACUAUGUAGCAUCCAAACCGACAGCACGUCUGCUUUUACAGGACCAACACUUGUCUCAUGUUUUUUGCUACAGUCUGUAAAUGAUUCAGUGCCUAGGAAUUAUUCUGUCAUUUGUAUAUACAGCAUACGUUCUGCUUCAUUUUGCAUAUCUGGCUUCACAGAGACGGUUUAAGAGACAAGUGCCUUUGACUGGAAACGGGAAGAUGAAGUUUGACUUUGCAGCCGUGAUUUUAAGAUGUUUUGGAAACGUGACUUUCUGAAUAGUGAUUUCUGUGGCUCCAGUGAUUGAUGGGAUGAAAUAGAAACACUUGUGCUCAUGAACCUCUUCACAAAGUGACUGAAGCCUGUGAUGUGUUUGAUCGUCAUACUCACCAAAAGCUACUGGUCACAGCAGAACAAAUAAGUUUGUGAGUUGCUAAAAUAUUUUCUGUAUUUACAGCCAACAAUAAGCAUUUAACCAUUAAAGUGGGAUUUAUUGUUUUUAUAUUAGUUACACUCAGUGGACACAAUAAUAAAAUGUGCGAGUCGCUGACUUGAAAGCACCACAAACGUUGUUUUCUACAGUGGAACUAGUUGAACUAGACGCUCAUUGAAGGAAACUCAUCUCAGAUUUGACGAAGCUCGACUUCGACUCCUCCCUGGAAGCUAUGCAACGGCAGGAAGCAGUAGUGUCUCAGCAGAACGUCAACGACCAGUGUUAUAACUGAGGACGCGCGACUCCAAAGACUUACAGCAAUACCAAUAUUCAGCCACGCUUUCAUGUUGGUCUCAAACGUCCCUAUUUAUUCUCUUAGCAUGUGCUCAGUUUAUCCAUGUGUAUCUUACUGCUUCUUUUACACGUUAACCACCGUCCCGUGGGCCACGUACCGCUCGGCUCACGUAGUGGCUGUUGGUUUUGUAUUUAUGAGUCUUAAUCCAUGUUACUGAAGGGCAUGAAGGAAGCCAUAUUGAAAUGUUUACCCUAGAUGUUUGUGUUAAUCUGCCACUCAUAAUUCUGCUUUGUGAUCUUUUUCUGUGUAUUUGUCAAUAAAUAAGCCUUCAUCUCU